AUUAUUAUUAGAAAUUGCUUUGUACAGAAAACCGCAGAAAUAAACAUUUAAUUAAUGCAGCUGCGGCCUUUUUGCGAAUUAAACGAAGCGAGCAACUCGCGAUGGUGAUGAUGGUGAUAACUAUGCUUGCUAAUGGCGUCGUUUGUCGUGCUUGAAACUUUACCCGCGGAACUCGGGCGACAAAAUAGUCAAGACCUUGUUAACGUCGGUUAGUUUAGUCCCUCCAGGUAUUCCCGGAAAUUUAGAGGGGUAUUUUAGGCGUGAUAUUUUAUGUGCUAAGGGCUAUCAGUGGGGCAUUUUGCUGUUUCACCUGUUUCGCGCGUAGCUCAAAAAUACUCUUCGCGUGGCAGUGAAACGUGGUACUGUCCAUGCUGCUCAUCUGUAGAUCGCCUGAAAUUCUGCAGGUCGUGCUAAGUUCGUGCACAUUAACUUGACUUGUCCCAUAACAUGGCUCAUAGCACUCUCGUAGGUGCAGUGGCCAAGUUGGUUGCAAGCACGGGAGGGUUGGUGAAUAUCCUCAAUGAGUUAGAUAAGCCGAUAGAACCUGACUGUGCCAACGGCGUUACCGCAUCCAGCGAAGCUUCAGCAGACGACUGUUUUGUGGUUGAAGCUGCCCUGCACUCUUGCUCUGACAAGGGGCUCGGUUUCCUGUCAAGCACGGAUGGUUUUUCUGAUGUCGCUUAUGCUCAAAUUUUGGUCCACUGCACGCAAGCCUCUGAUAGCCCUUCAGAUCAGCACUGUUUGCUGAGCGACCAAGCUAGGAACACUGUGCUAAAGCUAAUUGAGCUUGGCAAUCCUGCAAGUGCAUCUCGGAGAAGUGCAAUAAACUUUGCAAAAGUUCUCAACGGCUGUUCUCACUGUCCAUUGGAAUUACUUAGUCGACUACAUGCUGCUGGACUUCUGCAGGUUGAAGACUACAUUGCACUGAAUGUUCAGAAUCCCCAGGCCAUUGCUCAUCUCAGCCGUAGUCUGUUUGCGGCUUGUCAGCUUCGUGAGAGAAGUCAGCAUGCCGAGUUCACAUUCUCAGUGUUCAUAAAUGCACUAGUUGGCAUAUGUUAUCCUGAACUGCAUUCCAUUGGUGCCAGCAAAGGGGUAAAUAAGGUUUGCCAUGCUAUACUGGAAACACUUGUGCAGCGUCUACUGAAAGCAAAUGAAGAUGGCCAGAAUUUAACUUGUUGCAAUGUGCUGAGCCCUCUACUGAGGAAUCCAGUUGUGAAUCGCCUUAGUGUUCGGAAUUUCGCCUUGGAGCUUUUCUCCUCCAUGCUGAGCUACAACCCUGUGCAUAAGGUUACUCAAGCCAUGUCUGAUCACCAUAAGUGGAACUACAAGAGUUGUUCUCUCUGGCUUCUUGAGAUGUACCAAAAGGUUAUGUCGCUUCUCACUGCUCAAGAAGUGACCGACCAGUUGUCCAAGGCCUUGCACAGCCAGGAGGUCAACUGGUACAUGCUGCUCAUGGCAGUUUCAGUCUACCUCAAGUUCCAUCACGAUACAACUGGUUGCCUAACAGGUCUGAUUGAAAAACUUCUGAAGGAUGCAUUUGAAUCACUGGAAAUGGAGAGCCUUGUUGGUGCAUUCCUCUUGGCCAGACACACAGCUCAAGAAGCGCCACAUUUCUUUCCUCCUUACGCUUCAUGGUUCGAGAAGUACUUUGGGUUCUCGGACACUACUUAUGCUGGCAGUUCCAAGACUUUCUCAUUCUUGAUGAAGUUUCUCGUUGACAUGGUACCAUUUGAGCAAGCCAAGUACCUGAAGGCACACCUUCAAAAGCCAGCAUAUGCUACAGUGAAAUGCAGACUGUUGUUUCAAGACUACACUGCAUUGGCAAAAACUCGCUUGCAAGAUCUCGAGGUAUCUGGACACAAAGGCUCCACUGUAUCUGAUGAUGAAGAAGAGAGUAUCAAACUACGCAGUGAAGUUGGAAAAGCCCUGGAUAGUUUCGAGGCUACUGGGAAAGUACCAAGAAAUGUCAUAGAAGCUAGCAUUUUCAGGAAGCCCUAUUUUACUGGACAGUUCAUUCCAGUCCUUUUUGAGCACCAGCAUUUUCCAGAACGCAAGGAAAUGGUCUCUAAAAUGGUACACGCCCUGUUUCAACAUGGCAAAAUUUCAAGUGCACAGUAUGACAACUUCGUCUCGGCAAGCAAAAAAUCAGAAGAAGGCAGCACCAGUGAGGGUGACAUGGAUCUUGCCUUAACUCCAUUUGAGAGUCUUUUAGUGCAGGCAAAGGCUGCUGUAGAGAAAAAGAAAGAUUGUGAGGAUGCUGUCUUGAAGGUUGUGGCUGAAAUACAAAAGCUGUGUCAGUGCAAGGAUGAGCAGACUUCGGACACAUAUUGUUUGGAACGAGAGGAAGCUCCAUUCAAAGAGAUCUCUGAUUUUCUGCAUUUUGUCAUGAAUCUUUGUUCCGAAGAGCUACCUUCAUGGGCUGAGAUGGUCUUGCUUUCACUGACAAGUAAAACGGUCACACUUCGUGCACUGGGAACAUUCCUGUGGAAGCUGCUAAUCUCUGAGGAAAUGAGUGCACCAGCAGCCCCAUUUCUUAGCCAGUGCUUGCUCCAAAUUUCACUUGCUACCGAGGGAGAGUCAUUUGAGGUUGCUGUCCAUGGGAAAACAUACAGUUCAAUUCAGGAAGCUGUGUUCUCGGAGCUGCCACUUUCAAGCCACAAAGAAAGGGUCUCCUUUUCAAGGAUUGCAGUCAUGUACCUGAACCUGGCUGGCAAGCUUGCAGGAGUGACAUUGGCUCCAGCUUACAUACCUUUGACUUUGCUGAAAAAGCUUCAAUUUCUUCUACGAAGAAGCGAGAGUGGGCUUUUCGAAUAUCAAGAAUGUUGUGCCACCUUCCAGCAGUGCAAGCUCUCUCCCAUAAAAGACUGGCUACAAUCUGCAAAGCCUACCACCCUGGAGUGGGUAGAGCUGGAAUCUGGGAUCUCUGACAACCAGAACAGUCUUUCACCAAUUGCUCUCCGAAGGGACUACCUCGAGCUUGUGAGCGACAGUGCUGGUGUGAGAGACAUGUGCUUCAGCAUUCUACAGGUGUUGGUUCACCGGCACCCAGUGGUUCCUAACAGCGCUCAGCUGCAAAUCUUGUUGCAGAACCUUUUCUUGAGUUCAGCUUCAGCCUUAGAAGAUGAAACUGUGCCCAUUGCAACCAGGACACUGACCCAAGGGUUUGAAUUAUCCAAAGGUUCAGCGGACCAGGCAGAAGAGUCACUGAGGUUUUUCAGGAUUUACUGCCACUUGCCUCCAUACUGUCUGCUCGUGAACAGGGCUGAUCAUUGUCCAUCAUCCGAAUCGGUGGCACUCUUUACGUCUCUUAUAAACAAGUUUCUUGUCCUGUGCACUGAGGAGGAAAGUCCGGGCCUUAUACUUCAUCUGUUCAGGUGCCUGCUACAGAGCAACCUUUCCCGAGCCCAUGCAAUUAGCAUACUGGAAGAGUGUCCAUUGCUUACCCAACGUCUCAUUCCUCAUUGGAAAAGUCUUUCGUCGGUGUUGGCUCUUGAGUCAAAAAAGUGUGAAGAGGUUUUCAGGUGGCUUGCACUCAUGGGAAAGGUCUUCUCUGAGGCAGAAAAGUUCUUGAAGGGAUCAGUGGAAGCUGGAAAGAAGCUCUGUGCCACCAGCAAAUCCUGGCUCCAAGGCUCUGUUCUGGCUCAAUCCAUCAACUCGCUUAAAAGUGUGCCGUUACACUAUUCGUCCUUGAAACCAGCGACCCAGGAGGCAACAGUGCAGUUUCUCCUGGUCCUCUGCCAGAAGCAAGCAGCGAGUUUAGACAAUGACUUGCAAAAGCUCCUCAUUCAGCUUCUCCAAGCAAACCCCAGACUUUGCUCAUCUCUGGACCCUGCCAACUUUGAAGGAACACUGCUUAACAAGCUCUUGGCCCCAUUGGAAGCCUUUUUAUGCGUGCUGGCUUCUUUCAGACUUUUAGUUGAUGUGCUUGAGCACCAUGAAGCCAGGAACAGCUGUUGCAUCAAUACCACACUUUCGAUCAUGGCAAAGAUCUACAAGACAAAUGAAGACCUCCUCUGCUCUCCACAUGUUCCAGCAAUGUUGCAGGUUGAAGGCACCAGUACAGUCAUCUCUGCGUCAGCUCGACUACUACCAGUUUUAAAAGAAUUGCCUCAAAAUACACUGAGGCUUGUUCCUAAGGCAACUGUUUUAAAAUGUCCUGUAUAUGUUCAGCAGCUGAUCAAUAUGACCUGAACCAGCUAUAUCUACUGUUUUUCAAGUUACAGCUUGCUCAUCAGAAACAGCAUUCUUCACUUCGUAAAGUGUACAUGAGUAUAAAUCUCUUCAGGGUUUGAUCUACAGAAUAAAGUAAUGUAUGCUUGUAAGCAAUUAUAGAAGCAUUACUUUUUUUUGUAUGCACUGCC